AUGCUGCAUCAUUCGACCCCAUUUAUUCAGGUACAAAUAGGCACACGCACUUAUGAUGCCAGCGAAAUUCAGAAGCUUAUUCCUCAACUGGAGGAAACUAUUGAAAAAAGGGAACGUCAAAUCCGGCAGCAGCAAAGUACCGUCGAAACGCAGCUGAAAAGGAUUAACGAAUUAGAAAAGGAAGUGAGAACAUUGCAGUCAGAAUGUGACAAACUUCGUUCUGUACUUGUUCAAAAAGCACAGUCCGUUACGGCAAUAAGCGUUACUCAAAAGGCUUCUUGGGGUACUGAAGAGUUACGAACUGAACUUCAGCAAAAGGCGGUGCCAACAGCGGAUGACGGUGUUCGUUCCAAGAAAAUGGCAGUAUCUGCAGAACCAUCCAACCUAGAUACGCAAAAAGCUGUCUUACAACAUCAUCCGAAAUCUGCUGGUUCGAAACAACUUAUUCGGGAUGCAGUUCAGAAGAAUGACUUUUUGCGACAGCUUGCUAAAGAGCAAGUUAUAGAACUGGUAGAAUGCAUGUAUGAAAUGCGUGCUCGUGCAGGCCAGUGGGUUAUACAGGAGGGUGAACCUGGAGAUCGACUGUUUGUUGUUGCUGAGGGACAGCUUCAGGUAUCACGCGAAGGUAUUGUGUUGGGAAAAUUGUGUGCAGGUGUUGUUAUGGGGGAACUUGCAAUUCUUUAUAACUGUGUUAGAACAGCAUCUGUGCAAGCAUUAUCAGAUGUUCAGUUGUGGGUGCUGGAUCGUUCUGUCUUUCAAAUGAUUACAAUGCGUUUGGGUAUGGAAAGACAUGCACAAUUAAUGGCAUUUCUUAGCAAAGUAUCGUUAUUUGAAAACUUAUCAGAAGAUCGAAUAUCAAAAAUUGCUGAUGUUUUGGACCAAGAUUAUUAUUCCGGUGGUAAUUACAUUAUUCGAGAAGGAGAAAAAGGUGACACGUUCUUUAUCCUUACGAAUGGUCAAGUUCGCGUUACACAGCAGAUUGAAGGCGAACUGGAGCCUCGAGAAAUACGUAUUCUAAAGCAGGGCGACUUCUUCGGUGAAAAAGCCCUUCUUGGUGAAGAGGUAAGGACAGCAAGUAUUAUCGCAAUUAAUCCAGGUGUAGAAGUUCUAACACUUGACAGAGAAUCAUUCACAAAACUGAUUGGUGAUCUUGAAGCCUUAAAUCGAGACUAUGGGGAUUCACAAAGGAGAGCCACUGUUGUUGUACCUGAGCCACCAUCGCCAAAAAAGACCGCUCAAGAGAAAGAAUUUGCUGAUUUGCAGUUAAGAAAUUUGAAAAGGAUUGUUACACUUGGUGUUGGUGGUUUUGGUCGUGUUGAAUUGGUUUGCAUCAGUGGUGACAAAAUGCGGACAUUUGCGCUGAAAGCUUUGAAAAAAAAGCAUAUUGUAGAUACAAGGCAACAAGAGCAUAUUUUUGCGGAAAGAAAUAUUAUGAUGGAAACUCAUUCAGACUGGAUUGUUAGGUUAUACACAACGUUUCGUGAUGCCAAAUACGUUUAUAUGCUGAUGGAAGUUUGUUUGGGUGGUGAGUUAUGGACUACGCUUCGAGAUAGAGGGCACUUCGAUGACUACACUGCUCGAUUUUAUGUCGCUUGCGUUUUAGAGGCGCUUGAAUAUUUACACAGAAAAAGCAUUGUUUACCGUGAUUUAAAGCCAGAAAACUGCUUACUUACCCAGACAGGAUAUCUGAAACUUGUUGACUUCGGUUUCGCAAAAAAGUUAGCAAGUGGGCGAAAAACAUGGACUUUCUGUGGUACACCGGAAUAUGUUUCGCCCGAAAUUAUCCUUAACAAGGGACAUGACCAAGCAGCUGAUUACUGGGCGUUAGGAAUUUAUAUAUGUGAAUUGAUGCUCGGUCGUCCACCAUUUCAGGCCGCAGAUCCCAUGAAAACUUAUACAUUAAUAUUGAAAGGCGUGGAUGCCUUAGAAAUUCCAAAUCGACGAAUUGGAAAAACGGCAACGGCUCUUGUUAAGAAACUCUGCAAAGACAAUCCCGGCGAACGUCUUGGCUGUGGCAGUGGAGGCGUUGGUGAUAUCCGUAAACAUAGGUGGUUUAUGGGUUUCGACUGGGAAGGCUUAAGGUCAAGGAUUUUGAAAGCACCAAUUGUACCAAAGGUAGCGAGUCCAUCAGAUGUAACGAAUUUUGACAGCUACCCACCGGAACAAGAUGUACCACCUGAUGAGUUUUCUGGUUGGGAUGAAGGAUUCUAA